AUGGUAGAGCACACAUUUCCCCAGGAACCGUACCGGGUGUGCCACGAACAGCACGCCACCCCGCAGAUGGACAAUGGAACCGUUAUGUGCAUUCACCAGUGCUACUACAAAGCGAUCGGUAUGUUUGCCGCCGAUGGCAAAGUGAACACCGACGCGUACAUCAAGUACCGGGACGAGCUGGAUCCAACGCUUCGGGAUGCGUUUUCCUACUCCAUGGUGGUGUGUGCGAAGAUCAUCGCAAAGCGUAUGAACAACAAUAUCGCAGAAGUCAACAGAAUGCGUUGCAGCCCGCUGCCCUACCUGUUUAACCGUUGCCUGAUGGAGGUUGGCAUCGGGAACUGUCCGCCGGAGCGGUGGAUGAAUUUCGAGGGACAGCCCGUCGUUCACUGCAAUCAGCCACCGUUGGAAGUGCAUCCCAAAGAUUGUUGCCAGCUCCCUUCACUGAUCGAUGAGGAGCUGCUGCGCAACUGCAAGACACUGUACGGUGGGGAACCGCUGCAGCGGAAGCUAAUCUACGAGCGUGGCAAGUGCUUUGUAGAGUGCGCUCUUAAUGCAACGGGUACGCUAGUGGGCGGUGUGCUCGAUCAGGCCAAAAUACUGCACGUGAUCGUGACGGCCACGCAGAACGAUCCGGCCGUCAUGCAGCUGUUCCAGAGCAGUACGUUGCAGUGCUUUCAAACCGUGGGUGCUGGUGGUGGUGGUGCAAGCAGCCCUGCAGGCUGCAGUAGCUUGGGCGUUGAUUUUGUCGGUUGCGUUAACAUCAAAAACUUUGUGAACUGUCCACCGCACAUUUGGAGCAACAGUGCGCAGUGUAACGCCUUGAGGCAGUACAUUCUGGAGUGUCCCCAGCCGUUCUAG